GGAGGGAAAGAGAAGAACCCGUCCCCUGUCAGAAGUAUGCGGGGCUCGUCCUCUCAGACCUUACGUCAGCCCGGACUCUUUAACAAACUGUCGGUCCCGGUCAGGACGCAGGCAGAGGUGCACGGAGAUGACAGCGACGGGACGAGGAGGAUGUAGCACACCUGCGGAGAGCGGCGUGGCAUGCGUUUAAAGCGGAAACUAAUUCUGGAUUCAAUGCAUUUGCAGUUCCUCACCAGUGAUGAGUUGGCUCCUGUUGUGGAUUCUAACUGCAGCCGGGAUUCAACAGGUCUACUCCCAGAAUUCCACUGCCAUGCCGCCUGCCAUAGCCUUCACAUCCCCAGCUGUGGACCUGUACAACCGCACGCAGUACUGCAAGUGGCCCUGCGAGUGCCCGACUGUCACCCCUACCUGUCCGCUGGGCGUGAGCCUCCUCAUGGAUGGCUGUGAAUGCUGCAAGACCUGCGCCCGGCAGGUGGGAGAGGUGUGCAACGAGGCAGACACAUGCGACUACCACAAGGGACUGUACUGCGACUACAGCUCGGACAAGCCUAGGUACGAAAAAGGAGUGUGUGCAUAUAUGGUUGGAACAGGCUGCGAGCAUGAUGGCGUGAUCUACCGUAAUGGGCAGAGCUUCAAGCCCAGCUGUAAAUACGAGUGUGUGUGUGUGAAUGGCGCCAUCGGCUGUGUGGCGCUGUGCACAGAGUCCCAGCCUCCGCGGGUUUGGUGCCAAACCCCUCGCCGGGUCAAAAUCCGGGGACAAUGCUGUGAGCAAUGGAUCUGUGAUGAACCCAAAAGAGGGCGCAAGACGGCGCCACGACAUGCAGUAGAGGCUUCCCCAGCUGAGACCAGGAGCUGGCACAAGAACUGCAUUACCCAGACUACCUCGUGGAGCCCCUGCUCAAAGACCUGUGGCCGCGGCCUGUCCCUGAGGAUCUCUAACGCCAACGAGCAGUGUGAGCUGGUCAGAGAAUCUCGCCUUUGCAACCUGCGGCCCUGUGAGGUCGACAUCACCAAACAUAUCAAGCCGGGAAAGAAAUGUCUGAACAUAUACAGGGAAGAACUGCCCUCAAACCUCACCAUCUCUGGCUGCACCAGCAGGAAGCAGUACAGGCCCAAAUACUGCGGCGUCUGCACAGAUGAGCGCUGCUGCAUCCCCUACAAGUCCAAAACCAUCGACGUAGAGUUUGAGUGUCCUAACGGGACGGGAUUCACAUGGAAGAUGCUGUGGGUCCAGGCAUGCUUCUGUAACCUCAGCUGCAAAAACCCCAACGACAUCUUCGCCGAGUUGGAGAGUUACUAUGGUCACCCAGAAGUCAUGAACUAACAGGUGGCAAUCAUGCUCUCUACCUGUGGGAGGAUCCCGACUUUCUUUUGGCUUCUUUUUCUCUUAUGCAAUGGUUUGUAUUUGUGAUGCGUGUAAUUAUGUACAAGGGAUUUUCUUAUGGUCUUUUUUUUUCCUAUUGGAAAAAUCUGUAAAUAUGAAAUAUAUAUGUGUCUCCAGAUUGGAUUCAUAAAGCAUAACGUGCUUUUGAAGAAUAUUUGAAGAACUGCUUUGCAAAUGAAAAAGCCAGAGUGUGAAAGUUGAAGGCUUAAUUUAUUUAUGUAGCUUUUUGCAUAUGUAAUAACAUAUGUAGUGUUCUUGAGAUGCUUUCAAAUGCAGUCAACAUUGUCUGUCUUUAAAGUCAAGUCAACUUAGAUAAGGCUUUACUGUAGAAAUUUUCCUUUAUAGUUCAUGAAAUUUACUUUAUAAUAAAUGUUAAAAAAGGCAGAAAUGGACUGAGAUGUCAAAGAUAAAGCUUUAUUUUAGGACCACAUGUCUUAAUAUGAAAUAAUGACAGGAUCAGGAAAGAUCAGUUACAAGAUUUAUUUUUAUUGUCAUUUUUUUAAUAAAUACAAACCGUUAUGUCAUUUUAAUUCCUUUUCUACAGCAUUAGACAGUUGUGCAUCUUUACAAAGCUGUGUAUAUCUUCUACAAAGCAAAAUGCUGCUGUAGUGCAAGUAAAAUACAGGAGUAGAAGGUGUCAGGUAAGUUCUAUGGCUAUCCUCAUGUUAACAUGUGGACCCAUCACUUCACUCACCCAAAAAUCCACAACCACAUAGGAGCAUCACGUCUAAAAAAAAAAACAACAAAAAACAAGAAAUAUUCCAUGGCACAUCUUUGUUCCAUUGUGCUUGAUUGCAUAGAAAUCAUCAUAAAAAAAAUGAAACUGUCCGAAGCCAUGAUUCAUUAAUAAAGCAUACAAUGUAAAAACUUCAGAAUUUUCUGUUUUAGUGUGUUUUGAUUAAUGACAAAGCAUACAGCCUCGUUGGAAUGUACUAAAAAUGACCGUUUGAUUCCUGAAAGAUGCAAGUUCACCAGAGAACAGAUGUGUAAUUGUUAAAAUAACAGAUUUUGAAAGAAAAAAAAAAAACUCAAGG